GCAUUGCAUAAGCAGAAAUUCUGAAAUCACAUGCAAUUAUGAACCGCUGGAUAUUCCGGACGGCACAAAUUCGGUCAAUCUUAGAAUUAUAUAAGAAAAUACAUUAAGCAAAGGAUUAUUUUCGACAUAUAAUUGGGGUCAAAUAACAAACCUUGAAAUCUCUGUCGGUGAGGACUGGCAUGCAGAAAAUGAAAGUGCGCCAACAUUUGAGUCGUGUUGUUUCUGCGGACUAAAAAGUUUGGAAGUGUUACGUAUUGGAAUAUCACAGAAGUUUAAAUUAGCAAAUGACUCAUUUGUUGGACUAGAAAAUCUCAAACGUUUAGAUUUAACCGGUUGCCGACGGGUAAAUUUUGAAGACAUUCUGGAUGCAAUUGACAAUUAUAAUGUUAUACCAAACUUGCAGAGCCUAAUUUUUACUUUUCUAAAUAGUUAUCGUACCGGUUUGUCUUUUGAUGAUCGAUUUUUCAAAAUGAUUUCUGACAAAAAAGUCAAAGUGCUUGACAUCAGUUCAACCCAAAUUCGGUAUAUAAACAUGACUUCAUUUCUAAAUCACUGUCAUAACUUGGAAUUUAUCAACAUAUCAAGAGUGAGAGUGGACAGUUUUAAGACAGACAUAAACACAAUGCAGUCAUGUGAAAACCUUAAAACUGUUGAUGCCAGUUAUACGAUACUUCCUUCAAACAUUGUGCCUUUUCACGGAAAUUCAGAAACAAUUUAUAAGAACGCAAACAUACCAAUAAAUAUAAAUUGGCUAAAUUCAGUUAACUUUCCGAAAAAUAUCCGUUAUUUAAAUAUGUCAGGUGUAAUUCCAAAAUGGAUAUCGUAUUCUUUUGACAACUUUACAGCGGAGGUGUUUGGAGCCAGUAAACUUAAAUUAGAGGUCAUCAACAUAGGAAGCAAUAAUUUCGGUAGAAUGGACUUAACACUAUUAAUGCCGAGAUGUCCCUUUAGCAAAGUAGAUUUGUCCGGAUGUGACAUACGUUAUCUAAAUCCGGAUGCCAUUUCAAGUUUUAAAUUAUUAUCAGACAUUGAUCUCUCAAGAAACAAACUGAACAGUAUGAUGGCAGAAGAUUUCAACUUGUUCGAAAAUCUGUUCACAAAACUUUUUAAUCUACGCACAAUACGUUUGGCUUCAAAUGGAUUAACACGUCUUCCAAAAUACAUUUUUGCAUACAAUUUAAGACUUGAGUUCAUAGACAUAUCAGACAAUCAGAUAACUGAAUUUUCUUGUGAAGUGAAUCAUUUAACGCAUCUCCGGACAGUAGAUGUCAGAAGAAAUAGAAUACAAGUCAUAGAUGCAGCCACCUUUGAUACAUUUGACAAUGUUCAGAUACUACUACUAGGUAACCCUAUUCAGUGCUCUAAAUGUGAUUCAUUGGACUCUAUUAAUUGGCUUAAAAACACGGCAUCAAGCACAACCAAUAAUCCAGAUUUACCAUUACAAUGUGAAAACAAGGACUCCGAGAAAGUAUAUAUUACUGAUAAGACCAUUAAUGAAAUACAGGAGAUAUGUAAUAGACCCAAAGUGAUCAUCGUAAUAUGUUGUACAGCAUUUCUUGCUUUAGUUUUAGUUGUAGCUAUUCUGUUCAAAAUACGGAGAUGCCAACGGCAGCGAAAAUAUCAACGUGAAAUGGAAGAUCGCAUUGCUCUCAUUAGAGAGGGGGCCGACGAAAGCAAAUUUGUUGUUUUUCUUUCAUACAGCAGUAACGACGACGACUUUGUCAACAAGUAUGUAUAUAAUCAAUUAAAUGAGAAUCUUCAGCAAAAGGUAGGGAAGGACAGUAAUCUAGUCUGUGAAGGAGACAAACAUUUCCAAAUUGGCAGACCAAUUCCAGAGCAAAUGUCAAGGUUUCUUCGUAAGUCGUCUGUAGUGGUGAUUCUUUUAACGGAUCAUUUUAUCCAAAGUGUACAUUGUCGGAAUGAAUUCGAUCACGCUAUCUUGUUGGAAAAGCCUAGCGUUCUUAUGGUUAAGGAUGAAAUAGAUAUAGAAAUGAUGAAUGGUCAAAUGCUGGAUUUAUACGAACACAGGACACGAAUUUUAUUUAUGAGGGAAAACGAUGAGUAUAUACCGAAAACGUCUUGGGAGAAUAUUUGUACAUCUAUCAUGAUAGAACUUGUUGAAAAUUGA